AUGAAAUCAUGCCGCGCUUCCUCCAGUGCCCAACUCUCCAAACCCAACUUUCCCAAACCCAACUUUCCCAAACCCAACUUUCCCAAACCCAACUUUCCCAAACCCAACUUUCCCAAACCCAACUUUCCCAAACCCAACUUUCCCGAACCCAACUUUCCCGAACCCAACUUUCCCGAACCCAGACACACCAGCGUUGUUACUAGCUCUCCUGAAGGCAGAAUGCUUUGCGAUUUUGACAUUUUUAGUCAUCCAGAAUCAUUACCCAGGCUAAGAGAAGAGCUGAGGAUACUCAAUGAGCAAAUCAAGAUCGUGCAAGGCCUCGAACACGCCAAGACCCGGCUUGCGGCAAGAGCUUCAUUGGAUUCCAACACCUUAGCAAAAUGUGACGUGUUUGUGCGCUAUAUCAACGAUAACAAAUCAGUCAAUUUCAACUCUGAAGUCCGCAAGCUAAAUCUAGACGAGCUUGCAUUUUGCUCAAUCAGUUUCGAAGAGAGACGUCUCAAAUCUGUGGCCUUCCACUUCAAAGCGUGCAGCAUCCGGACUUACAUGACGAAAGCUCAGGUUUCAUGCCUAGAUCGUCCAGAUAUUAUGAGACGGCUUAGGAGACUUUCUACGGAAUCUGAGAGAAACAUAUUCCUUGAGCUCUAUAUGGCCGCCGAGGAAGCUGCCCAAGACGUUCAUGGUAACUCACUGCAGUUGGACGCCGUAUCGGAUGAACAGAUGAUUGAUGCGCUACCUUCCCACUAUCCUUCUACAACGGCAAACCAGCCUGACGCCUUUGAAUUUCCUGCGGCGCGUUGGACUAACAUCGAAAAGGUUUUUCCAACGCGAAUUGCGGCAGCCGCUCGUCAAGUGCCUCCGCGUUUAGUCGAUCCGAAUAUAACAGACUGCGUCCGAUCAAGAUUCCCCAGGGGACGGGCGGGUGGUGACGCGCUUAUCUGGCUGGAUCUUGAAGCUGUUGGAAUACAGCCAAUGCUGUGUGGCACUGGCCCCGGAAUAGAAAUUGCCCAGAUUCAAAGGGUCCUUGGCGAUACUAUUUUCCAUGCUAUUGAGAAGAGCGACUUGUGGAAAUGGGAGAAAGAACAUGGACAUUUGAACAAGACAGAGUGCGUGAAGAUUAAGACGUAUUGUCACGUGGAACUUCGAGUAGGCUACGACACGAGUAUAGCGCAGAUUUUGUUCAAUUGA